AUGGCAGGUCUCAUGGACAUCCAGGCAGCUCGUAUGGAAAUUUCGUCGCGGCAAAGCUUUGUCCGGCAUCAAGCGACCGUUCGCUCACCGCUGACAGCCCAGCCUCUUCUUGUUCCGUGCGUCACCCCCGCGGGUCGCGUGCUGGGCUCCCGUCGCCCGCUUCAUCGCUCGCUGCGCGCAAUGGCCGGCCAGGACGGUCGGCAGCCGUGGGACCUGGGGCGCUUCGCGCGCACCGUGCUCUUCUUCAACGAGCCGCCGUCGCUCGACUCCCUCUUCUCGUCGCUGGUGACUGCUCUCACAGGCGCUCCUGCGUCCCCCGCGCCAGUCGCUGCAGCGGAUACGGGCGGGCGGGAGGGGGGAGAGCUGGUGCUGGUGGUGGGGGCGACGGGGGGGGUGGGCAAGCGGGUGGUGGAGCUGCUGCGAGCGCGGGGGGUGCCUGUGCGCGCGCUGGUGCGCAACCUGGACAAGGCGCGCAGCUUGCUGGGAGAGGACGUUGAUGUGGUGGCAGCGGAUGUGACGCAGAUAGCAACGCUGCAGCCGGAGUUCUUCAGGGGUGUGACGGCGGUGGUCAAUGCGUGUGCUGUCACUGUGGGGCCCAAGGAGGGCGACACUGCAGACAGGCAGAAGUACUAUCAGGGCAUCAAGUUUUACGACCCACAGAUCAUAGGCGACACGCCAGAGGCAGUGGAGUACACGGGCGUCGCCAACCUGCUCGCCCGCGUGCGCCCUCAACUCGCCGCUGCUGCUGGCUGCCACACCAUCUUCUCCCUCAACGACAGCGGAGAGCCAGUGGGGGCGCUGUGGGGCGCACUGGAUGACGUGGUGAUGGGGGGAGUGAGUGAGAGUGCCCUGCAGUAUGACAAGACGGCAGGGGAGGGGGGCCUGCCUGCUGCUCUCUUCACAGGCACAGUGUCCACAGCUAACAGCGGUGGCUUUGUCAGUGUGCGCACCAAGAACCUGUCACCGCCCCUGGACCUGUCAGCGUACGAGGGGUUGGAGGUGCGUGUGCGUGGGGACGGGCAGCGCUACAAGCUCAUCCUGCGCACCACCGCAGCGUGGGACGCCCUGGGCUACACUGCCAGCUUCGACACCCUCGCUGGCACCUGGCACACCGUCCGCCUGCCCUUCUCCUCCUUUGCUCCUGUCUUCCGAGCGCGCACUGUGCCUGGAGCUCCUCCCCUCGACACCUCCAAUAUUGCUUCACUGCAGCUCAUGCUCAGCAAGUUUGAGUAUGACGGUCGCCUCAACCCCUCCUUCACGCCUGGCCCCUUCACCCUGCCACUCACUUCCAUCGCUGCCUAUCCAUCAGACCCCUCACCAUUGCCCAGGAUAGUGCACGUGGGGUCGGCGGGGGUGACGCGCCCCAAGCGUCCGGGGCUGGACCUGUCGCGGCAGCCGCCAGCAGUGCGCAUGAACGAUGAGCUGGGGGGCAUCCUCACGUGGAAGCUGCGUGGGGAGGACCUCGUGCGCGCCAGCGGGCUGCCCUUCACCGUCGUGCGCCCGUGCGCCCUCACAGAGGAGCCGGUGGGCGCGCCUCUGCUCUUUGACCAGGGGGACAACAUCACGGGCAAGAUUGGAAGGGCGGAGGUGGCUCGGAUCUGUGUGGAGGCUCUGUCAUCACCUGCUGCUGCCAACAGGACAUUUGAGGUGAAGAGCACUGUGCCGUUCAGUGAGCCAUUCACCGUGGACCCCAGCAACCCACCCACUCCAUGUGACACCGAGCCUUUCUUCGCAGCACUACAGCCGGGUAUCACUGGGAAAGAGCUGCUGGAGGAGAAUGUCUUUGCGUGA